AUGCCAGAUACAGCGCCGCUGCGGUACGUGGAGUUUUUCGCCGGCGUCGGAGGCUGGACAAUGGCCUUGCAGGAAGCCAUCCAAAUCGUCUAUCCGUCAGAUCCACCCGAGCUGUUCUGCAGUGCUGCUCUCGAUCACUCAGACCUUUGCAUUGAAGUUUUUGAGCACAAUCAUAGUCUAGUCAUCCAGAAAGCGGUACGGAUUGAGAAACUCACAAUGAACCAAAUAUUCGAAUAUCGAGCCGAUAUUUGGAUGAUGAGUCCGCCUUGCCAACCACAUACACGACAGCAUUCUAAUCAAGACCAAGAAUUGGAAGAUCCUCGCUCCCGUAGCUUUUUGCAUCUGUGCGAUCUCUUGCUUGAACUCCCGUCUGAAAACUUGCCCAAACUUAUUUUUCUGGAAAAUGUUGUUGGUUUUGAAAGUUCGCAGAGCUGUCGAAAAUGGAACACAAUCUUGCAAAGUCGGCAGUACAUCAUUAAGCACUUUCAUUUGAACCCAACACAAGUUGGUGUUCCCAACGAUCGUCCCAGGUACUUUUGCUUGGCCGUUCGCUCCACCGAGAUUCAUGACUCUAACGACAAUGAUCUACAAUUUCACGUACACGCAAAAACGAAAAUGGCUGACAGUGAUCUACGUCCAAUUACGCCAGAUACAAAUUUGCCCAAUCUGAAUAUCAAAGGUUUGCGCGACUCUACUGUUAAAGUUUCUUCUGUGGCCGAAUUUUUGGAUAAGGAUUUGACCGAGCAUCAAAAGACCUCUUUGCGCAUACCGCAAAGUAUUCUACAGCGCAACGCUGCUUGGUGCUUUGACAUUGUGACACCGGAGAGCCUACGUAGUGCUUGCUUUACAAGCAGCUAUGGAAAGUUUGUCAAAGGUACAGGAAGUGUCCUUUAUACGGGACCUUAUCGGGACAGAAUUCGUUUGACCAACCCCGAGGACCGGAAGUUUGACGAUGCCUGGGACCAGGGACUCGACUUGCCCAAGCAUCUACGAUACUUUUCUGGAUCUGAACUGGCACGAAUCUUCGGUUUUCCUUCCACCUUUUCAUUUCCGGAAACGAUAACAAGGAAGCAACAAUGGAAGCUCAUUGGAAAUUCUUUAAAUGUUCGAGUGGCGGCAAAACUUGUU